UUAUUUUUAUUUAUUUUUCCUCUCAUGCGGUUGGAAAAUUCCAUAACACAUUUAAAGCUCUGCAUCCUUUUCACAACACCAAAUCCACGAAACCUCCUCCUCUCCAUCGUUCCUCUUUCUCCGAAAAAUCCCCAAUUCCCUGCCCUAAUCCCCUUCGAUCCCCCCUCCCCCCCAUAAUCCUCUUCUUCUUCUUCGUGUUCUCGCUAGGAUCGAUCGCGAGGAAACCCUUCUCGGAUUGGGUUUUCGCGGCGUCGCGUUGGCCAAAAGGGUUUUUCUUUUUUUUUAUUUUGGGGGUUUUUUUUUUUGAAUCGAUUUUAGAGGUUUUCGGAGGUCUAUUUGCUGAUCUGUGGAAGAGAGGUAUGCAGAGCCAAAUAGUGUGCAACGGGUGCAGGAGCGUUCUUCUUUACCCACGAGGGGCGACCAGCGUAUGUUGCGCUGUAUGUAACACUAUAUCUCCCGUCCGGCUUCCAGGAAUGGAUACAGCUCAACUUAUAUGUGGAGGUUGCAGAACAUUGCUGAUGUAUAAUCGCGGAGCUACAAGUGUUAGAUGCUCUUGUUGCAACACGAUAAAUCUUGUAAGAUCAGCAAAUGGUGUAGCUCAGGUUAACUGUGCCCAGUGCCGUACAACCCUGUUGUAUCCUUAUGGGGCAUCAUCUGUGAAAUGCGCCAUAUGCCAUUACGUUACGAACAUUGGGAUGAAUAAUAUGAGGCCUCCCAUCCCCACAGCGCACAGACCUAAUGAGGCUCCAUACACACCACCUUCCACUUCAUCUCCAACAACUCAAACCCAGACUGUUGUCGUAGAGAACCCAAUGUCUGUGGACGAGAGGGGCAAAUUGGUAAGCAAUGUUGUAGUUGGAGUUACGACCGGAAAGAAGUGAUGUAGUACUGUAAAGAUUCCCAGGUAUCACUGUGCUUUAUUUAUCCCCUGUGAAUUCACAGACUCUGUAAAAUGUAAAAGACGCGAUAAGUGUUUUUCUGGAGAAUUUGACGCAACUAAGGGCAUUGAAAACUUUUGUUCCAUGGAACUCUAUUCUUUCAUUUGUAGAUGAGUGCACCUGUGCGUCAUAUUUGAAGUGUAUUAAGUCCUACAGUUGUUGCCUGGACCAGUGUAGUUAGAACUAUAAGGCGAAUAGUUCCUAUAAACCGAUGUGUAUAACACUUUGUUUGUGUCUGCUUAUUCAUUUGUGCUAUAUCUUUGUUUCGGUGCU